UCACAAUGACAAUAUCAAAUUCAAUGAAAAAUGAGACAGUGACGAGAGUCAUAGAGCAGAGUGAAAUUGCACCACCACCCGGUUCAGUUCCCUCACCAACCACUCUCCCCCUCACUUUCUUAGACAUUGGAUGGUUUUUUUGCCCACCAAUUCAACGCAUUUUCUUUUACCAUUUUCCCCACCCAACUCAUCACUUCCUCCAAACAACACUUCCCAUUCUCAAACACUCUCUUUCCAUCACCCUCCAACAUUUCUUCCCUUUUUCCUCCAAUCUCAUUAUCCCUCCAAAUUCUCAAAAUGUCCCUUACAUACGUUAUCUCAACGGUGACUUUAUCUCCUUAACCGUUGUUGAAUCCUCAACAAACUUCAACAUCUUAAUAUCUGAUUCACAAGAUACUCAAAACUGGUACCCUCUUGUUCCUAACUUAUGUGCACCUCGUACUGAACAAAAUGGCACACGUGUCAUCCCUCUCAUGUCAAUUCAAAUCACAAUUCUACCAAACUUUGGAUUUAGUAUUUGCCUCACGUUCAGCCACAUCGCUGGUGACGGAAAAUCACUUCACCAUUUCAUGAAAUUUUGGGCCUCUAUUUCUAAAGCCAGAGCAAACUAUUUUGAAAUUGAACACUCUAUAUCGAUUGAUCUUCCGUCACAUGAAAGAGAUAGAGUUAAAGAUCCAAAGGGUCUUAAACUCAUAUACCUAAAAGAAUUACAAGAUAUGAUAUCCAAAAAAAUAGAACUCCCAAAUCUUGUUCGAUAUUCUCAUGCUAACAAGGUACGAACUACUUUAGUAUUAAAUAGUGAACAAGUUCAGAAAUUGAAAAAAUGGGUCAGUGUUAAAUGUAAGGAAAAACUACAACACAUGUCAACUUUUGUUGUAACGUGUUCUUUGAUUUGGUUUUGUAUGGUAAAAUCAGAACAGAGCAAAAUCGAAGAGGAUAAUGCAGUUGUUGAUGAUGUAUGCUACUUGGUAUUUAUGGCAGAUUGUCGUGAUCGUCCUAGAUUUUUAUUACCCAAAAAUUAUUUUGGAAAUUGUCUUGCAACGUGUAUUGUGGCUGUAAAGAGGGAUGAGUUAGUUGGAAAAAAUGGGAUUGUUGUAGCAGCAAAUGGUAUUGAAAGGAAGAUAAGAGAUUUCAAAAGUGAUGCUUUGUUAGGAUUUGAAACGUUGAUGUCUGAUUAUAGGGAAUUAUCAGAACCAAGUAAAUCUAUUGUAUAUGUUGCUGGGUCACCAAAAUUGGCUGUUUAUGAGACUGAUUUCGGAUGGGGAAAGCCUGUGAAAUCUGAAGCAGUUCAUAUUGAUUCUUCGGGUUCGAUUUCUCUUUCUGAAUGUAGAGUUGGUGGUGGUGGAAUUGAGGUUGGUUUGGCUCUUGAGAGAAUUCGAAUGACUAAUUUCAUCAACAUCUUUGAAGAAGUACUUCAUAAGACUCAAAGAACCAACCAAACUUAUGGAAAACUUCUCAUAAUUAGUUGCAUAUAUCUUUUCAAUUCGAUUCUAUUUGUUUUGUAUUCUAAAUUUUCAACCACAUGUCGUUUCAAUCUUCGUUGAUAACAACGCUUCCAAAUAGGAAGGAACUACAACAUCCACAACCAUUAUGAGAAAAGUCAUUUGAUUAUGGAUCUUCUAUUGAGAUAAUUUUUUUUA